AUGCGCGGGUCUGACGCGGCCCAACCAGUCUUGCGGAGGCCCCUGAGGUGGCAGCAGUUGCGGAGGCCGCACACAACCCAGCUGUACCAGCACGUGCCAGAGACCCGGUGGCCCAUCGUGUACUCACCGCGCUACAAUAUAACCUUUAUGGGCCUGGAGAAGCUGCAUCCUUUUGACGCUGGAAAAUGGGGCAAGGUGAUCAGCUUCCUAAAAGAAGAGAAGCUUCUGUCUGACGGCAUGAUGGUAGAGGCACAGGAAGCCUCAGAGGAGGACCUGCUGGUGGUGCACACGAGACGUUAUCUCAACGAGCUGAAGUGGUCCUUUGCUGUCGCUACCAUCACAGAAAUCCCCCCUGUCAUCUUUCUCCCCAACUUCCUUGUGCAGAGGAAGGUGCUGAAGCCCCUUCGGAUCCAGACAGGAGGAACCAUAAUGGCGGGCAAGCUGGCAGUGGAGCGAGGCUGGGCCAUCAAUGUGGGUGGUGGCUUCCAUCACUGCUCCAGCGACCGGGGCGGGGGCUUCUGUGCCUACGCAGACAUCACACUUGCCAUCAAGUUUCUGUUUGAGCGAGUGGAGGGCAUCUCCAGGGCCACCAUUGUUGAUCUUGAUGCCCAUCAGGGCAAUGGGCAUGAACGGGACUUCAUGGGUGACCAGCGCGUGUACAUCAUGGAUGUCUACAAUCGCCACAUCUACCCUGGAGACCGCUUUGCCAAGCAGGCCAUCAGGCGGAAGGUAGAGCUAGAGUGGGGCACUGAGGAUGACGAAUACCUGAAUAAAGUGGAGAGGAACCUCAAGAGAGCCCUUCAGGAGCAUCCUCCCGACGUCAUGGUGUACAAUGCAGGCACCGACAUCCUCGAGGGUGACCGCCUUGGGGGACUGUCCAUUAGCCCACAGGGCAUCGUGAAACGGGAUGAGCUGGUGUUCCGGGUGGCCCGUGGUUGUCAAGUGCCCAUCCUCAUGGUGACCUCUGGCGGGUACCAGAAGCGCACAGCCCGCAUCAUUGCUGACUCCAUCCUUAAUUUGUAUGACCUGGGGCUCAUUGGUCCUGAGUCAGCCAGCGUCUCAGCACAGAACUCAGACAUGCCUCUGCUACUCUAG